GUGGCGGACGCGCGCAUCGUUUCCCUUCAGUCACGUGACUUCGGGGAAGCCGAGGAGCGGCAGCGUCCGACCGCAGAGCGAGCACCGUCAGUCCGCCGCCCCGCGGAGGAACACGACCGACGGAACACGACCGACGGAACGCGACCGACGGAGUCUGAGUCUCAGCUGGUGAAGAGCGAUGGCGGCGGGAAGGACGCGCUGCACGCGCAGACUGCGCUCCUGGAUGGUCGACCAGGUCAACAGUGAAAAGUAUCCCGGGCUGGUUUGGGACGACGAGGCCAAAACCAUGUUCCGCAUCCCGUGGAAACACGCAGGGAAGCAGGACUUCCGCAAGGACGAGGACGCCGCCAUCUUCAAGGCGUGGGCGGAGUUCAAAGGGAAGCUGACGGACGGCGGCGGGCAGGACAGCCCGGCCGCCUGGAAGACGCGUCUGCGCUGCGCCCUCAACAAGAGCCCCGAGUUCGACGAGGUGGACCGAGCCCAGCUGGACAUCUCCGAGCCGUACAAGGUGUACCGCCUGGUGCCGCCGAGCGAGCAGGGUGUGGUGGUACCUGAAAAGAAAAGCAAAGAGAAACCGACCAGGAAGUCGAAAAGGAGGAGCAGCGAGGUAGAGCGCGACGUCGUCGUCGUUCGCGACAAGCGGAUAAAGACGGAGGACGCCACGUCUCAGCUGUGUGUCGACAACGCUCUGCUGCAGAGCGACAUCAGCGUGCAGAAGGAGGAGCCUGUUCAGCACAGCGACGCCAGCAGCAGCAGCAGCUUCAUCCAGAGAGACGGUGUCGACGAGAUCAGACUGGACGUGCGGAUCGAGGGGAGCGUCCCGGCUCCACGAGAAGUCCACGACUCCUUCAACGUGGCCAUUCACUACUUGGGACGGGAGGUUCUGACACGCCAAGUCCCGGGCACCGACGUGCGGAUCACGUACCUGCCGUCCUCGCUCGUCGCCCCGACGCCGUCCACCGUCCUGAGGGGCAGGUUCCCGCGCGUGCCGCUGCCGGAGCCGCCCGCCGCGCUGCCGGCCGGCCCGGAGCUGCAGGCGCUGCUCACCCUGCUGCCCUUCAUGGAGCGCGGCGUGGUGCUGACCUCCACGCUGCAGGGCGUGUACGGCAAGAGGUACUGCCAGGGGCGGGUCUUCUGGACGGGGCCGCACACGACCACGGCGGGGCUGCACAAGAUGGAGAGAGACACCGAGCCGGUGCUGCUCUUCAGCCGAGACGCCUUCAAGCAGCAGCUGGAUCACUUCUGUUCCCACGGAGGAGACCCUCCUCAGUGCGGCGUCACGCUGUGUUUCGGGGAAGAGCUGAGCGACACCGAGGACCCGAACAGGAAGCUCAUCAUCGUUCAGAUCACGUUGCCGUGGGCCGAGCAGCAGGUCCAGAACGCUCAGUCCCUCCAGAACGCCCAGUCGCUCUUCGACCCCAUCGCCCUCCUCCAGUCUCUGGCCAGUCAGUCUCCGCUGGGAGAGAUCACGCUCAACCUGGUCGCCGUGCCCUCGCCGACCUCCGACGCCACCGUCACCUUUGGGAGUCUCUGAGGAGUUCCAUUCCAACGAUAACACACACACACACACAGUUUAAGCCCAAACCGGUAAAGUGAAACCGUCAGGCCCCAAGUGACGCGUCGACAGCUUUACAGAGUAGUAAGAAAAAAAGAUCGUCCUGAAUAUAGAUGUCAAAAUAAGAGCCCGUAGCGGUUUGUCUGGUACAGAGCGCUGUGAAACAGUCGGCUCCAAACUAAAAGUAAAAAAGCACUUCAUUUUCGUGAGCUUUAACACUUUCGGACGCUGAGCUCACGAAGUGGAACGUUCCGUCUCCUGGACUCGGAUCAGCUGGUGAAACCAGAAGCACUACAAGGAAACGGAGAGUUUGUCUCUACUCUGUAAAAACAAAAAAAACAAAUGUGACGUUCAAUUUUUUUAGUUUUUCCACUUUAAGUCCAAGUCAAUGUUUCCCGACCUCCACAGUUAAAACAUACAGGAUCAGGAAGCAGAAGAAAAUACAUGUUCCUUUAUUUUUUUUUGUUUAUUGAUCACUAGAUAGUUUCAGGUUUGAUCAUAAGCAGGGUUCAAAGGUCGGGAACCACAGCUCCGAUCAUCUGAUUGCGUUGGCACUAACAAGACGUGUCAAAUGUUCAUUUUACUGUUAAAAGGAAAAUUUAAAAAAGAAACUUUAAGUAGUAUCUGUUAGGAAAAUACAAAGUAGUUCAGUAGAGCAGUUAAAUAAAAUGCAUAUUACUAGUCCCUUUUUGGGGUGAGGUAUAACCCCUUCAUAUAUUCAUAACUCCAACUUAAUCUCACACACGUGGUUUGAAUGUCGUCGUCUUUUAAUAGAUAAAGUUUUCACACUGUUGUUAUGGAGACAGGAUCAAGACAAUUGAAGGGGAUUUUAAAAAAUUAAAAUAAAAAACCUAGCCUCUUUCAGUGCAUUGUUAGGAGUUAUCACAUGAGAAGAGUUCAGACAUUUAAAACGUUGUUUUUUUUUUUAAACAGUCAGAAUUACGAGAGGUUGUCGACAGAAGAGCAGAAACGUCGAACAGUUUAAAACUGUCGUAAAUAAAUAUAUAGUAUUUUUCGCAAGUUUGGCGAAUAAACAAUUUUCCUGCCACAGUUUAGGAAACAAACAUACACGUGCGUAAAACUAACGUCCUGAAUCAAAAGCUGCGAGUCGACAACGAAAUCAUUCUGAGCUUUUAACAAACGAGUGUCCUCUGCUCUGUCCGGUGUUUCUGUUAUUCUGUCCAUCCUCCCCGUUACAUGUAAUAAAGUAUGUGGGAAUAAUAAUAACAGAAUAAAAAAAGAAUCAUGCGGCAGCUUGAGAAGAAAAGUAAAAGUGUCAAAUCAGCAGGACUGGACCACGAGGCAAACUGGGGGAGAGGGGGUGAGAGGUUACAGGUCGUCUAAUAAAACUGUAAAUAUUAUUUGUUAUUUAAGCACGUUCUACAUCACGUCCCUGUUCACUUGACUAUAUGCGAUAAAAAAUAAACGUCUUGUUUUGAACAUG